GUGUCUGGUGGUAUCAGUCUCUUUUGAAUGCCAUCCUGGGUGUGCUUAUUUCAAUUGGAGUGCAGGCUUUCCUCUAUCUCGUGUGGAUUUUCCGCCUUUUAAUUACCCGGAUCGCUACAAGAUACAACUCAGGUCUUCCCUUUUAAAUAGCACACUGUAUUCAUUCAGUAGUGAACAAUUGCCGUUCCAGUGACUCAGCUACAUAGACAAGUGCAGAAUCGGUCCACUAUGGUGUUUGAAUUCUCUACAAAGCCACAUAAUGUCAGUGAUCUUCCUUUAGACACCAAGGAGUUUGUCCAGGACGCAGAUUCGCUCGUCAACGAGAUCACCUCUAAAUGGCACAAAUCAAAAAACUACAAGUACAAGUUGGCCACUGGUGAAAGGCAAGAUGUUCAGACCUACUACACUCAUUUGCACGACGAAUACUGGAUGGCAAGACAUAGCGUGAUCGAUGCGACCAAACACUCAUGGGAUGAAAUCAUGAAAUAUUCCCUCGGCGCAAGACGACUCGAAGAUGGGUCUUGGACCAUCGAUGACAAGUACACGCAUACGGAAUACGAGAUCCAGUAUACAAAAGUCCUCGACAAGUGGGGGAAAGUUGAAUUGGAGUCAUACGAAGGGUUUGAGUCGUUGGAGAACAAGGAACAUCUCCGUAAAUGGGGAAGCACAUGGUCCCAUUACGAAUUGGGUGCCCCUCUGACAACAAGAGAGUUUGUAGAGUUUAUCCUGCUCGCUGAGCCUGGGUAUAUCCAUGACGACUGUGCUUAUGUUAUUCAACUGGUUGCUAACCACCCAGUGCAGUCGUCGCAUGUUCACGGUGUCUACUGCUCAAUUGAGAGGUUCAGGCUGAACAAAGACAACACCAUCGAUUGGAUCAUGUGUACUGCGAGUGAUAGUGGUGGUAAUGUCCCUAAAUGGCUGCAGAACUCGAUGAUUGCGAAGAGCGUGUCCCACGAUGUCCCAAUGUUCCUCGACUGGAUUACGGCCGAAAGGGCAUGAGACGAGACAUGUCCCUCCCGGUUGUUAAUGCAGGUCAAAUUUGACAGGAAACAGCUCAUAAACAGCUUCAUCCACUGUUAUAAAGGGUGGGGAGUCUCAACACACUACUGGUGAUCGUAGGUUCCACUGUUCAAGAGGAGAAUGUCCAGGAGCGUUUGGCAUUGCUUACGAAAACCCCUCUCCUAUGUGCCAUUUCAUCGUCCAAUGGAGAAGUGGGAGCAUUUGUGGUGGUGACGGAUGAUGAUGAUUAAUCGUUAGAGGAGAGACUAAGCAAAUAAAGGGGAU